GUCAUAGAGACAGUCAGCUGGUUGAGUGGGUGAGAGGGGGGCAUCGGCUGGGAGCAGCAGGGCCGGCACCUUCAUCUGCAGGGUAGAAAGGAUAAGAGGUGUAAAAUGGCAGGGAACAGUCUCGUCCUUCCCAUAGUGCUUUGGGGCCGUAAGGCCCCCACUCACUGCAUUUCCACAGUGCUAGUGAUGGAUGAUUUAGAAACCAUUGUAACUGGCUGCCACGAUGGACAAAUCUGCCUUUGGGAUCUUUCACCUGAGCUGGAGAUCAAUCCACGGGCCUUGCUCUUUGGUCACACAGCUUCUAUUACCUGCUUAUCGAAAGCUUCAGCAUCCAGUGACCGGCAGUAUAUUGUGAGUGCAUCAGAAAGUGGGGAGAUGUGCCUGUGGGACGUGAACGACGGAAGAUGUGUGGAGUUUACCAAAUUAGCAUGCACACACACCGGGAUACAGUUCUAUCAGUUCUCGAUUGGGACCCCGCGGGAAGGAAGGCUGCUGUGCCACGGCCAUUACCCUGAAGUUCUUGUCAUGGAUGCCAGUAGCCUGGAUGUUCUUUACUCCUUGGUAUCCAAGAUUUCUCCAGACUGGAUCAGUUCUAUGAGCAUAAUCCGCUCUCACAGAACCCAAGAAGAUACGGUUGUAGCUGUAUCAGUGACCGGGAUCCUCAAGGUGUGGAUCAUUACUGCCGAAGUUCAUCGAAUGCAGGACACAGAACCAGUGUUCGAAGAAGAAUCCAAACCAAUUUACUGCCAGAACUGCCAAAGCAUUUCUUUCUGCGCAUUUACCCAGCGCUCUCUCUUGGUUGUGUGUUCUAAGUAUUGGAGGGUGUUUGAUGCCGGAGACUAUUCCUUAUUAUGUUCCGUCCCAAGUGAGGAAGGCCAGACAUGGACCGGAGGGGAUUUUAUAUCAGCGGAUAAAGUCAUCGUUUGGACAGAAGAUGGUCAAAGUUUUAUUUAUAAACUUCCAGCCAGUUGCAUUCCAGCCAGUGACACCUUCCGCAUUGAUGUUGGAAAGGCAAUAGAAAAUUCUAUCCCACCAUUGCUUUACAGCGUUAUGCCAAAGGAAGACACACAGGAAAGUCAUGAUGUGGAAGCUCUUGUCCAAGUUCCAGCUAAUGAGCACCCAGAGCAAACCAUUACCCUGGGACUGUACACACCCCGGACUUUGUUUCACACGAGGCCUCUCGGGGCAAUACUUCUUAUCUGCCCCCCAGUCACAAGGUUUUUCUACGGACGCAGGAAAUCUUUCCAUAAACUUCUAAUCCAAGGAGAUUCUUCUGGAAGGCUGUGUAUCUGGAGCGUUCCGGAGGUGCUGGAACAGCCGGAGAACAAGCAAGGACUCGGAGUAACUACCACCACCUCUUUGCAGGAGGCAUUUGACAAACUGCAGCCGCUUCCCGCUGGGAUUAUAGAUCAACUCAGUAUUAUGCCAAACAGCAAGGAGCCACUUAAAGUGACAGCGAGCGUCUACAUCCCAUCCCACGGUCGCUUGGUGUGUGGGCGGGAAGAUGGCAGUAUAGUUAUUGUUCCGGCCACACAGACGGCUAUAGUUCAGCUGCUGCAGGGGGAACACAUGUUAAGGAGAGGUUGGCCUCCCCACAGAACGCUGCGUGGGCAUCGGAACAAAGUGACUUGCUUGUUGUACCCUCACCAAGUGUCUUCACGCUACGAUCAGCGCUACCUUAUAUCGGGGGGUGUUGAUUUCUCUGUCAUCGUUUGGGACAUUUUCUCUGGCGAGAUGAAACACAUAUUUUGUGUACACGGGGGUGAAAUCACGCAGCUUCUUGUUCCACCAGACAACUGUAGUACGAGAGUGCAGCAUUGUAUCUGCUCAGUGGGCAGUGAUCAUUCCGUUGGCAUCUUGAGCUUGAGAGAGAGAAAGUGCAUCAUGCUGGCAUCCCGCCACCUCUUUCCCAUUCAAGUAAUAAAGUGGAGACCAUCGGACGAUUACCUAGUGGUUGGGUGUUCAGACGGCUCCGUCUACGUCUGGCAGAUGGAUACAGGUGCCUUAGACCGUUGUGUUAUGGGAAUCACGGCCGUAGAGAUCCUGAAUGCUUGUGAUGAAGCCGUACCGGCCGCUGUGGAUUCACUUAGCCACCCGGCUGUCAACCUGAAACAGGCCAUGACCAGAAGGAGUCUUGCUGCACUCAAAACUGUAGCACAUCAUAAGCUGCAGACCCUCGCGACCAAUCUGUUGGCUUCCGAAGCCUCCGACAAAGGGAAUUUGCCUAAAUAUUCACAUAACUCCCUGACGGUUCAAGCAAUAAAGACAAAUGUAACGGACUCGGACAUACACCUGCUCUUCUUUGAUGUAGAGGCCCUAAUUAUUCAGCUCCUUACUGAAGAAGCCUCCAGGCCAAAUACUGCACUGACGUCCCCCGAGAGUUUACAGAAAGCAUCUGGCAGUUCUGACAAAGGAGGGUCUUUCUUGGCUGGUAAACGAGCAGCAGUGCUUUUCCAACAGGUGAAGGAGACUAUCAAAGAAAACAUUAAAGAACAUCUCCUCGACGAUGAAGAUGAAGACGAAGAAGCGAUGAGACAGAAGCGGGACGAAAGCGACCCCGAGUACCGCACUAGCAAAUCCAAACCAUUGACUCUGCUUGAGUACAACCUUACUAUGGACACCGCAAAACUUUUCAUGUCAUGUCUCCAUGCCUGGGGCUUGAACUCUGCAUUGGAUGACGUUUGCCUUGAGCGCCUCGGAAUGCUGAAACCACACUGCCCUGUGUCUUUUGGUUUGCUCUCAAGAGGUGGCCACAUGUCCUUGAUGCUUCCACGGUUCAACCAGCCAGUUUAUAAAGCGUUAGAUGGAAAUGUAGGUGUAGGACGUAAAAUGUCUGUUAGCGAAGGACUCGGGAAAGGAACGUAUGGAGUUUCACGGGCGGUCACUACACAGCAUUUGAUGUCUAUUAUAUCCCUGGCAAAUACACUCAUGAGCAUGACCAAUGCUACAUUCAUUGGUGACCAUAUGAAGAAGGCUCCAAACAGGCCUCCGAGAUCCGGAUCGCCAGACUCUAUGAAGGGCAAGGCUUCCGCCCAGGCCUCCAGCAGCAUGAUACAAAGUCAGAUCAAACAAGCUGUUGCUCCUGACGCUUCUGCUAGCACUGAAGCCGAUCAUUCUGCCUCUGAUCGCACUUUACAUUCCUGUUUCUCAGUCAAUGAAGGGUGGAGUCAGUUGGCCGCCAUGCAUUGCGUCAUGCUCCCUGACUUGCUGGGAUUGGACAAGUUCAGGCCUCCGCUCCUGGAAAUGCUGGCGCGUAGGUGGCAGGACCGGUGCCUGGAGGUCAGAGAAGCGGCACAAGCAUUGUUACUCGCUGAGCUCCGGCGAAUCGGACAAGAAGGACGCAAGGAGACAAUCGAUUCCUGGGCACCAUAUUUACCCCUAUACGUUGAUACCAUUAUGUCACCCGGGGUAACGGCAGAAAAUAUCCAGGCUGGCAAUGCGAGUCCCGACUCGGCCGGCUCAGAGGCUAAAGUGCAAGAGGAGGAGCAGGAUCUGGUGGAUGAUGACAUCACUGCCGGCUGUCUCUCCAACGUCCCCCCUCUGAAGAAAGCGUCCCCUUCUUAUGAAGAGAGGAGAAAGCAGGCCACAGCCAUUGUGCUUCUGGCAGUCAUUGGCGCUGAGUUCGGAGCCGAGAUAGAGCCUCCAAAAUUGCUCACACGUCCACGCAGCUCCAGUCAGAUUCCCGAGGGAUUUGGGCUGACCAGCGGGGGGUCCAACUAUUCUCUUGCUCGGCAUACAUGCAAGGCUCUGACAUUCCUGCUGCUGCAGCCGCCCAGCCCCAAGUUACCCCCCCACAGCACCAUCCGCAGGACUGCUAUCGAUUUGAUCGGACGAGGUUUUACAGUGUGGGAGCCUUACAUGGAUGUGUCCGCGGUGCUGAUGGGGCUUCUGGAACUCUGCGCCGACGCUGAAAAACAGCUUGCUAACAUCACAAUUGGGCUGCCCCUGAGUCCAGCAGCUGACUCCGCCCGCUCUGCACGACACGCGCUCUCGCUCAUUGCCACCGCCAGACCACCCGCCUUCAUAACAACCAUCGCUAAGGAGGUGCACAGACAUACGGCUCUGGCUGCCAAUACACAGUCUCAGCAGAACAUCCACACUACUGCCUUGGCUCGUGCUAAAGGGGAGAUUCUGAGAGUCGUAGAAAUUCUUAUUGAAAAAAUGCCUUCAGAUGUUGUGGAUCUCUUGGUGGAGGUCAUGGAUAUCAUAAUGUACUGCCUUGAAGGGUCCUUGUUAAAGAAGAAAGGACUACAGGAAUGCUUUCCUUCCAUUUGCAAGUUCUACAUGGUCAGCUACUGUGAGCGGAGUCACCGAAUAGCAGUGGGAGCCCGCAUUGGCACAGUGGCCUUGUAUGACAUUCGCACAGGAAAAUGUCAGAAUAUUCAUGGCCAUAAAGGACCUAUUACUUCAGUUUCCUUUGCCCCUGACGGACGCUAUCUUGCUACCUACUCCAACAAAGACAGCCACAUCUCUUUCUGGCAGAUGAACACCUCUCUUCUUGGGAGUAUCGGGAUGCUGAACUCUGCCCCCCAGCUGCGAUGUAUAAAGACGUACCAGGUUCCUCCGGUUCAGCCUGCCUCUCCCGGCUCCCUCAAUGCCCUAAAACUGGCGCGUCUCAUCUGGACUUCCAACCGCAAUGUUAUCCUUAUGGCCCAUGAUGGCAAAGAGCAUAGAUUCAUGGUUUAGGCCGGGGGAAGCCAUUUCUUACUAUGAGUUCUUACUUUAGCAUGAGUUCUGUCUUUGUUACGAGCUUCUGUACCUGUCGUCGGGGCGAAGAACCCUUAUUGUGUUAGGCGUGCAUGACAACCUUGUGAGAUAUAUUGCACCCUCUGUAGAUCCAGAUACUGGAUAUUCAUUCGUGUAAAUAGUUACCUUUCCGGUCGUCUAGCACUUUAAACCCCCCCCCCCCCGUAGUCCUUUCCAAACGAUGUUACAGUAAUCUCAGUAGACAGGAUACACAAACUCGAUGUGCAUUUUAUUUUAUGUGUUCGUUAGUUCUUCCAAAAUGUUUUAGUGGUAUCGUUGUGUUAACGCUCAAGUUGCGUUCGUAUGCGAGGAAACGUGUACCAUGUGUAUUGUUUGUCCAUUUGCCUUUAUAUGGUUUGUUUUCUGUCCUCGGUUAUAUUUAAAAUUAUCAUUUUUUGUAGCGUUUCCAACUGAAAAUAAUGUCGUGUCUGGGAACUGGUCUAAGACUUUCCUCUCAAACUGUAUAUAAUGUGUACAUAAUUCCAUUUGCACAGGAUCUUCUCUGUAGGAUUAGGGCUCAAAACAUUCCAUCAACGAGAAUCUUCAUUUUUUGUUUGUUUUCAGGUUUUUGCUUUGAAGUUUGAAGACCAGUGCAAGUGUCUACUGUUACGUUAAAUAUGAAAUUAUUUAAGAAGAUAGAAUUACUUGCUUAUGGUUUGGGUAUCAAAACCUUAAAUGAUGCAGUAUUGGAGUCAAUGUAAUACAAAUACCCUUAAGUUUCCCUUUGUAAAUGUUGGGGUGUCACAGCUGGAAAAUGGCAGUAUCGAUUAUAGGAUAUUGUUCUAUUGAUGUGCUGAGAGCCUCACUUUACCCAACUCAUGCUGGUCACCAAAUCAUUAGAUCUCAGACGGAUUUGGCACCCACUAGCUGGACUAAAUCAAGUUGAAAUGAAAUCAAAUGAUACAACAAAGCCUAUGGAGACCCACCAAACAAGGACGACAUCAAUACAACGAUUUGGUCCUCAAACAACAAAAUUUUUAAGCCUGCCUGAGAGAUGUCUACCCAAUAUAUGGUCAGAUAUCAGCCAGUUGGCCAGUUGUGGGCCUCAGUUGUGAGCCAAUAAGCUGCUGGGACCAAGUUGGCAGCUUUAAUCAGCCCAUGGGGCGUGUUUGCUAAGAUUGGAGAUAAAUAAGAUUUGAACAGCCACCUACAAGUUAGAAAUCAAAGCAAAGACCUAACUGGUUGCUACAGACAACAUCACCGGUGAUAUUUAUCUCCAUUCUUAGUAAACAUACCCCAUGUAUGGCGAUGUAAGAAGAGUUGGGCUGAAUGCAUAUUUUGUAUUUACUAUGUGUAAAGGGAGCCUGGACCUACAGAUCUCUUGUAGCCCUUUGGCAUAUUUGGUAAACGAUACACACAGGGUGCACAUUAAUUCAUAGGGUGGACAACAGAAGUGAAUAAUAGUUGGGGAACCUCAAAGAGGUGUUUUUGUGUGCAUAUUCGUUAGGUGCCCCUUGAUCAACGAUCCCGCUCUGUUUAAAGAAGCAUAUCAUUCUGAACGAUGUGAGCAAACAUUCUUUCUUCCACCGUCAGUUUAUCACUUUAGAUUUUCCUUUCACUGACUCUUUUGUAGUUGGUUAAACCUUUUACUGAAUCCAAAUGUUCUUCAGAGAUAAGGCCGCAAAGCUUUUGGGCUACUCGGGGUUAUUUGUUAUGUGUGAAGGUGCAGCUAAGGUGAACGUGCAUCGAUGAUGAAUGUAGACAUUAUCCAAUUAAGAGCUAACCAAGUAGAACAGAACUUGGGCUUUCACUUUUUAGGUUUUCCAUGUACGAAAUGGGAUUGUGACGGAGUACAACGGGGAAUUCUGAGACAAACAUAUCCAUCUAGUUGCAAAUGUAUUCUGUUUCAUUUGUUCGCUCAGUGGUGGAAUAUUCCACGGACAAUUUAUUUUACCAUCUAGUUAGGAAGGCAACUGGACGUAAGGUCUUGGGGAGAAACAGCUGCUUAUAUUCAAUCUUCUAUAGCCAGGCUUAUAUUCAAUCUUCUAUCCAGGCUUAUAUUCAGUCUUCUAUCCAGGCUUAUAUUCAGUCUUCUAUCCAGGCCCCCAGGAGUCAAAUAUGUGUGUUUAUGUAUGUAUAGAUAUAUAUAUAAUGUAUUUUGUAGUUUAAGAAAGGGGUUAUUUGCGUUGACUCCAACCUCCAGCUUUAGAUUCAGGCAGCAUUCGUUUUGUCAGCCAUUUUGUUAGGUUGUGGUGGCCAAGGACUUCUCCAAUUAUACUCAAUUUUCAAUGGUGGAAUAUUCCAUGGACAAUUUAUUUUACCAUCUAGUUAGGAAGGCAACUGGACGUAAGGUCUUGGGGAGAAACAGCUGCUUAAAUUUAAUCUUCUAUCUAAGCUUAUAUUCAAUCUUCUAUAGCCAGGCUACAAGAGGUGCCCCCAGGAGUCAAAUAUGUGUGUUUCUGUAUGUAUAGAUAUAUAUAUAAUUUAUUUUGUAGUUUAGGAAAGGGGUUGUUAGCGUUGACUACAACCUCCAGCUUUAGAUUCAGGCAGCAUUCAUUUUGUCAACCAUUUUGUUAGGUUGUGGUGGCCAAGGACUUCUCCAAUUGUGACAACGGUGUUUUCUGAUUUCCCAGCAACACUUGCCACUUUCUGAAAAAGUUACACACUUCUCAUUGUACUUUGGGAGUUUUUAAUAUGCAAGGCUCAUAUAUCAGGAGAAUGACUGGGAAUCAUUGACUAUAAUGGAGUUAGUCACUGGGAAAAUGCCAAGAAUGUAGUGAGUUUUGGGGGUAUCUGUGCUGUGUUCUUCCACCUUCAUAGAAGGGAAAAGUGGGAAAGGCUGAGUCUACUUAUUACUCAAUCCAGACAUUAAACUAUACAUAUUGCUAAAGACCCAGCCUUGAACAUCCAUCAACACAACAUAAAAACAACUCUUUAUAAAAUUAGCUCAUACUUACAGCCAACAUGUCUCCAUGAUAACGUCAGGGUUUCAAAUUGAAAAAACUCAAAUACUUGAAAAUCUUGAGUGCUCGUUUAUGUAUAAAAACGCUCGAAUCUUAAAAACGUAACCAUAAAAUCACGUUAAAAUAAAUCUGAUCACCAUAAAAUCAUAUUCUACUCUUCGUUUUUCUCGAAAAUUCACGUUUUUGCCAAAAAAAAAACCCAAAUUGUAGUAAAACUCAAUUAUUUUUUUUAAAUCUGCCCCUUAGCAUUCCAUUCAUAUUUAUAAGUACACACAUUUACAUUUACUGAAAACCAAAGUAAAAUGUACUUUUGUAAAGCGAAAUAAAGGGUAACUUGUCUCUAUACAUAUGCGCUAAAGAAAAAUCUCAUAUUUAACUAUUUCAUUUCCAUUCACAAUAGCUUAGGAGCUUCCCAUUUCCAUUUGAAUUCUCAUUAUGGUGUAAUAAUAUUGUGUGAGUGGUUUCCUGCUGUAUUUGGUGCUGUUACCUUAGAUACCGUAGAUAGUUCUAUGUGGCUUCCAUGUUGGCAGAUAAUAUGACAAACUAUAACGCCAGUACAACCAUUUUGGAUCGACGUGAUUGUGCUUUGUAAAUGAUAAAACUGUGGUAAAACAUUCAUUGAGCUUGUACAUGUCCAUGUACAUAUCCGUGUGAAAUAAAAGAAAGAAUAUGACCAUU